AUGACUAUAACGGAUGACCUUCGUUCGCUGACCGCACAAAUUCAAUUGAUACAGCUCUCGCCUUCCGUUCGACUCAUUUGGGAGGCAGUAGCCAUCGGUCCGGUCAUCGCGCACAAUGCCGCUAGCGCCAAUCCAUCCACUUGCGAAUGCUCCCUGUCAUCACCAAGGAAUCAUGGACGGCACAGCAUCCAUCUUCACACGGGAGUGCUAUACUGA